AUGCCUGCCUUAUCCGGUAAUAAUUUGAUGCGGUUCAAAGUAGUAUCAGGGGGUUAUAGUUCCCAGCAGGAUGAUGAGGACGAGCCUCAUAUAGACCACGAGUCAGUACCUGCCCCUUGUAGUGGGCAUAAAAUAGUUUUAACUGAAGACUACAUAUAUCUAAUUGGCGGUACAUUGAUUUGCUCGAAACUGCAACUCAAGAUAUUUCUGGUAUGGCGCUUUAAUCUUCUUCUUGAAACUUGGACGAAAUUGCGCACUCCAGUGAACUUCCCAAGUCAUUUGGCCUCUUUUGGAGUUUGCAACUUCUUCGGUUUCUCAGAGAAGCUUUUAAUGUUUGGAGGCACGGGUUAUCCUUUUGGAUCAACUAUUUGUAAUAAGGUGCAUGUUAUUAAUAUACCACUGGACGAGACUAAGACUAUCUCGGUAAACACCUUAGAAGUUAAAGGAGAGCUGGUCGAAAACAGAUAUGGCCAUGCGUUCAAGACUGUGACAAAUCACGCUGAUGGAAGUGAAGCAUAUUAUUGUAUCGGAGGCACGGACGGACAAGUCUAUGAUCUCGACGUUUAUGUGAUUCGCUGGAAGAAAGAUGGCUUCUACUGGGAAAAAGAAGCUACCACGCCACUUGACAUCCAAGGAUUAUACAAAUUCGAUGUUGCCGAAUAUGAUGGCAAAUUCUAUUUCUUCGGCGGUGGGACAGUAGAUGCAGUGAAAGGCUUAGAUGAACUCUAUGUGUAUGACACGAACACAAAGACUUAUAGUACUGUUCUCACUUCACCAGACCCCCAACAUGGUUACCCAGCAGCUAGGAAAUGUCAUAGUGCAACAGAGUUCGAGGGUUCUGUUAUUAUAACAGGUGGAUCAACCGUAGGGUUUCCAGGAGGCGAGCCUCAUAUUUUUGAUGACGUCUGGUCUUUUAACAUGAGCAAGAAAGAAUGGAAAAAGCUGGAUGCUUGUCUCAAUUCUGGAUUGUUCUUCCAUGACGCUGCAGUGACUGAGGAAGGAUGUCUCUAUGUGUUCGGCGGAGUUAAAGACGGUAGGGGCGCCCGCAGAACUAACGUUUGCCAAAAAAUGUGGUUAAAACCACCUUCACUGAAAACUCUGGCUGGGGAAUGUAUAGUUCAGAACUAUAAUAAUCAAGUGUUUUUGCGAAUGAUGGAUCCUACCUGCUCAAGUAUUUUACGUUACAUGCUACCUCUCCUGCCGAAAUAUAGAUAUAAUCGUGCUGUCGGUCACCCGCAGUAG